ACAUUCUUUUACUUACCCUAACACGCUGCAUAACCCUAAAAAAACACGUUCUCAAUCACUGUCUCCAUCAGUUACACUUGGCACUGCACCAGUGAUUAGUGAAAGUAAUUAAAUAGCACCAGGUGUGUCUCCAUCAUCACCUUUUACAACUCCAGUGCUAGUCUACAUCCUCCAAUAUGUCAACAAAAUCGAAAAAAGACAUGGAAGAAGUAACGGAUAAAAUCUCUGACAUGUCAGUCGAGGAUCCAGGUAAAAAAUUAUCUCACAAAGAAAAGAAAAAAUUAAAAAAGCAGCAGGAAUAUGAGAAAAAUCUGGAGAUGAUGACUAAAGUCGGCGGUCAGGGUCACAGUGAACUAGAUUCAAAUUUCACCGUAUCUCAAAGCGAAACACAAAACCGUGGUGCGCAAUUAUUAGAGCAUGCUGUUGAUAUCAAAGUUGAAAACUUCAGUAUUGCUGCUAAGGGUAAGCAAUUGUUCACCGAUGCUACUCUAUUGAUAGCACAAGGUAGACGUUAUGGUCUCGUCGGUCCUAAUGGACAUGGAAAGACAACACUACUGCGUCAUAUAGCAAGUAGAGCAUUCAAUAUACCACCAAAUAUUGAUGUACUUUAUUGUGAACAAGAAGUCGUCGCUGAUGACACACCAGCUGUUCAAGUUGUACUUAAUGCUGAUGUUAAAUGCAAAGAACUACAAAAUGAGUGUCAAAAAUUAGAGCUACAAGCUGAAUCUAAUAGCGACGAAGCCAUCCAAGCACGAUUACAAGAGGUUUAUGAAGAACUCAAAGCGAUAGGAGCUGAUUCAGCAGAACCACGAGCUCGUAGAAUCCUUGCAGGUCUUGGGUUCAGUCGUUCAAUGCAAGACAGACCGACUAAAAAUUUCUCCGGAGGAUGGAGAAUGCGUGUUUCUUUAGCACGAGCUCUAUUUGUUGAGCCUACACUUCUACUACUUGAUGAACCUACGAACCAUUUAGAUCUCAAUGCCGUUAUUUGGUUGGAUAACUAUCUACAAGCAUGGAAAAAAACUCUGCUGAUUGUAUCUCACGACCAAAGUUUUCUGGACAACGUUUGCACGGACAUAAUUCACUUGGAUCAGGAAAAAUUAUUUUAUUACAAGGGUAACUACACGUUAUUCAAAAAAAUGUACGAGACCAAGUGGAAGGAGUCGUUGAAGUUGUACGAGAAGCAGGAGAAACGUAUCAAGGAUUUGAAAGCUUCAGGACAGAGUAAGAAACAAGCUGAGAAAAAACAGAAAGAAGCUCUGACUAGGAAACAAGAAAAGAAUAGAACUAAAAUGCAGAAACAGGAAGAAGAUACCGGCCCGCAGGAACUUUUACAAAAACCGCGGGAGUAUAUUGUGAAGUUUAGUUUCCCUGAUCCACCCCCACUUCAACCGCCUAUUUUGGGUCUUCACAAUGUAUCGUUUGGUUACGACAAAGAUAAACUAUUAUUCAAAGACGUUGAUUUUGGAAUAGAUUUAAAUUCACGUGUUGCUAUUGUUGGUCCCAAUGGUGUAGGAAAGUCAACAUUUUUGAAAUUAUUACUUGGCGAAUUAACGCCACUACAAGGCGAUCUUAUUCGUAAUCAUCGACUGAGAAUUGGACGAUUCGAUCAACAUUCAGGAGAGCAUUUAACUGCGGAAGAAACACCAUCAGAAUAUUUAAUGCGUCUGUUCAAUUUGCCUUAUGAGAAGGCUAGAAAACAACUGGGAACAUUUGGAUUGAGCUCUCACGCGCAUACGAUUAAAAUGAAAGAUCUUUCGGGUGGACAAAAAGCGCGUGUUGCAUUGGCUGAGUUGUGUCUUAACGCUCCGGACGUUGUUAUUCUUGAUGAACCGACCAACAAUCUUGAUAUUGAAUCAAUUGAUGCCUUGGCACACGCGAUAAACGGUUACAAAGGGGGUGUAAUUAUUGUGUCGCACGACGAACGACUGAUCCGUGACACCGAGUGUUGUCUUUAUGUUAUUGAGAACCAGAAUAUCUUUGAAGUCGACGGCGACUUUGAUGACUACAGAAAAGAAUUGCUCGAGAGUUUGGGUGAAAUUAUUAAUAAUCCUAGUAUAGCAGCCAAUGCUGCUGUUGCUCAAUGACCCGACGUACAUCUUCCGACCUAGUCGUUUUCUAAUUAUUCCCGUGCAUUUUUUUAUUCAAGAAAGUAAUUACAGCUUUGUUGGAUUUUUUAUAUUUAAAAAUUGACUAAUCCAAUUUUGUACCAUUAAAUAUCCAUUUAGAAAAAUUUACAGUUUAUUAUAUUUAAUUACAUUUGUAAAAAUGUUUUGUGUCAAUAAAUUUAAUAAAAGAUGGCUUAAUAAAUGAUUGUUUAUAUAUUUGAA